AUGUGGGGUACAAGCAAAGUAGUGACUAAUCUGUUAAGGAGCUGUAAUCUCAGACUAGUGACAAAGAGAAAUCUUCAUGCUGGUGGAUUAAAGAACCUAAUUCAAAUAUCAUCCUUAGAUGGAUUAUUUUCAAAAGAAGGUCUAGAUAAUGCAUGGUUCAAUAGAUCUAAGAUGUAUGUGAACCAAUUAAAUGCUCACUUGAAUAAUCAGCAGACUUCUUCGUCAGCAGCUGAUAUGUUAUCUUCAUUAAAUAUAAGUAACUUAGAGAGUUUUAUUUUGAAAUAUUCUAAAUCAAGUGAUAAAACAGAUUUGGUCAUUCUAGCUUCUUUAUUGUAUAAUUUACAAUUCUCUCUAUCGUCUUUAAGACCCAGCCUUACUUCAGUAGCUUUGCUAAAGGAAAAGCCAAAGACAUUAUAUAAUAAUGAUGUUAUUUCUGUUUUAUCAUCAAAUAGUAAUAACCCAUCAACUAUUCAAGGUACUGAGGCUCUCUCUCAGGCAUUAAUUGGUUCAUUUGGUUCCAUUGAGGAAUUUAAGACUAAUUUUAUAAAUUCUGCUCUUUCAAUUUCAGGUGAUGGUUAUACUUGGUUAGUGGCAAGACAUAAGAAAAACAAUUUUUCUUCUUCAUCAUCUUCUCUAGUAUCAGAUGGGUUAUUUGUAGUCAAUACGUAUAAUGCAGGUACGCCUUUCAAUAUUGGGAAAGUAGGUCAUUUGAAUGAAAUUACUUCGAAAUUAAGUAACAAUAAGAAUAUGGAAAACAAGAGCCAACAAGAUAAUUUAGACAUGAUGGUAGAUUCUACAUCUUCGUCAAUUUCAUAUCAGAAGUCCGUGACAGAAGCUCAAAAUUAUGAUAGAUUCGAUCAUAAUAUUCACUACAUACCAAUAUUGGCAAUUGAUUCCUCUCCAAAAGCUUAUUUAACUGAUUAUGGUUCAUUUGGUAAAAUAUUAUAUUUGAAUAACAUUUGGAAUUCUAUUGAUUGGAAUGUUGCUCAAUCAAGAUUACCAAAAAUUGAAUUGGCCUAUUUGUCUUAA